GUUGGGAGACCUGAGGCUGAAAAUGACUGCCUUUGUGAGGAGUAGUUUCCAGGUUUGCAAGAUGAGAAACGCUCUGGAGAAGGCUGGUGCUGAGGGUGCACCCCGCAGCUGGACCACUGUGACUGCUCUAUUGUUUUAGUCAAACCAGUUAAGGACCAUUUGACAGGAAAGUGAGCCCAGACCAUUGUCAACAAGUUUUUCUUCUGUAAAGAACAAGCAAUUAUCACCAAGAAAACAUCAGAAUAGAAGUCAUCAGCUUGGGAAACAAAAGCAGAUCGGGAAGAUUACAGUGUACUGGGCCAUAUGGAUAGGGCCAAUCAGGCCAAACCCCAGGGAUUUAAGUGGGUGGCCUCAGAGUCACUGCCCAGCACCAGAAAGCCCUGGGGCUAUAUCUGCCGAGAGCAUCUGCACAGCUGCAUGAUCAGGUUUUGAAACAUGCAUCCUUUUGACUUCCUGACUGCACUUUGCUUGGGAAUAGUCUCAGCUACUAUAGAGCUUGAUCAAAGUUUAGAUGCACAGUGGAUCCGGUGGAAGGAGACACAUGGAAAACAAUAUGGUGUGGUUGAAGAAUGCAGAAGAGCCGUGUGGCAGAAGAAUAUGAAAAUGAUUAUGCAGCACAAUAGGGAAUACCUUCAAGGGAAACAUAGCUUCUUGAUGGCAAUGAAUGGCUUUGGUGACAUGACCAAUGAAGAAUUCAGGCACAUGAUGAUUGGUCUCAAAAUCCAGAAGAAUGAGAAUGGGACAGUGUUUAAAGUCCCUUUCCCUGCUGGUAUCUCCUUACCUAUGAAUAGGAGACAGACACCUGAUAUUAGUCUUGGUCGGUGUGCUUCUGGCUGGGCUUUUAGUGCAACUGGUGCCAUCGAAGGACAGAUAUUCCGGAAAUACGGCAAACGUGUUUCCUUGAGUGUGCAGAACCUCCUGGACUGCUCUCAGGCUGAAGGCAAUGAGGGCUGCAAUGGUGGUCUAAUGAGUAAUGCCUUCCAGUAUGUUAGGAACAACAGAGGUCUGGACACAGAAGCAUCCUAUCCAUAUGUUGCAAGAGAUGGACCCUGCAAAUACAGGCCUGAGUAUUCUGCUGCCAAUGUCACUGCCUUUCAGACAAUUCCUCGGCGGGAGGAGGCCCUCUUUGUGGCAAUGAAAAACAUGGGAUCCAUCUCUGCUGCUAUAGAUGCAAGCUUGGAUACCUUCCGCUUCUAUAAAGGAGGCAUUUAUUAUGAUCCAAAGUGCAGCAGUGAAGACCUGAAUCACGGUGUUCUGGUGGUUGGCUAUGGCUUUCAAGGAAAAGAAUCCGAUAACCAAAAAUAUUGGUUUGUCAAGAACAGCUGGGGCACUGACUGGGGCAUGGGUGGCUACAUAAAAAUGGCCAGAGACCGGAAUAACAACUGUGGAAUCGCCACCAGGGCCAGCUUUCCUAUCGUGUGAGAUGAUGGUGAUGAAGAAGGCCUUGACUGAUAACAGAAUAUCCAGGAAAUGUAUUUUAUUCUAAAGUUGAUCACAUCUUAUUUUGUGGGGUAAAACACUUGAAUCACUGGAGAUCCAAGUUGUGACGAAUUCUGUUAGUGUUUACGCUGGUGACGAAACUAAUUCUUUACUCCCUGCUCUAAUCAACAGUGUGUGAUUAAGUUGCUUAAUAACU